AUGCGUCUUGCGACAUUGGUCAUUGGCCUCCUGGCCGCCUUUGUGUCGAAUGUGACGGCCACCGCGCUGACCUACAAGCUUGAGGCCAACGAGAAGGCCUGUUUCCACUCCUACGUCGACCAGGCGAAUUCGAAGGUGGCUUUUUACUUUGCGGUCCAAUCCGGCGGUUCCUUCGAUGUCGAUUACUCGGUAAUCGCCCCCGGCGAAAAGGUCGUGUUGGAUGGCACCAAAGAGCGACAGGGAGACUUUGUGUUUACGGCGCAGAGUGUCGGGGAGUACCGGUUCUGCUUCAACAAUGAGAUGUCUACGUUUGCAGAGAAGAUGGUGGACUUUGAGAUUGCGGUCGAAAACGAGGAACGCGCUCAACUUCCCUCCCGACAAGGUAGCACUAGCCCCGAACAGGCAUCUGCUCUCGAAGAGUCGAUUUUCAAGCUAUCUGCGCAAUUGUCGACCAUUUCGCGGAACCAGAAGUACUUCCGGACCCGCGAGAACCGCAACUUCAGUACCGUGCGUAGCACGGAACGCCGGAUUUUCAACUUUAGUGUUGUUGAGGGGUUGAUGAUGGUUUCUAUGGCUGGAUUGCAGGUUUUUGUGGUGAGGUUUUUCUUCCAGGGGGCUAGGAAAGGUUACGUCUGA